AUGGGCCUCGACAAGUCCGAGUAUGAGUCUCUUCCCAUCCCCACCUACGAAGAAGCCAUUUCCUCUCGUCCAAGUUCCUCGCGUGUCGGUCCCGAAGAAGCCAGCGACGAUGCGGAGAGGCAGGGCCUUCUCCAACAUGGCGACUCGAGUGGCAGCGGUUCCGGCUCCCGGCCGCACCCCCAUGGACGAUAUCAACCGCCAACCGUCGAAUCGGCACGGUCGAGCCUCGACUUUCUCCCUUCGUCGGGGGAAAAUUCCCCGCGGGAGUCGAUGGAGGAGCUGCAGAGGGAGCUGCACGAGAUGGAUGUAGACGAUACCGGGCAAGCUUCAUCCGAGAGCAUGCACUCCCAGCUGGGACAGCGUUUCUCGAAACAGCUCAGCAGUCUCACACGGACACUAUCCGCGAUCAAACAACCACUACGGAAAUAUCUGCCGCGACUUCAAUUUCGAUCCGACUUUUGGCGAAUUCAAGUGAGGGAGGAUGGCGCAGGAUGCAUGAUCAUCCUGCGCGUGGUGGGAGUACUGAUCUUGGCGUCGCUCAUUUAUCUCCUAUUUGUCUCCGACGUCUUUGCUGUAGGCAGCCGCCUCAGUGUCGGACAGUCGUAUACACCGUCAUCUGUUGAGAAUUUUGUGCAGGGUCACAUCAAUGAGACAAACAUUGCAGAGAAGCUAGAAAAAGCCUCGAGGUUUGCGCACAUGGCUGGGACAGAGGGCAGCUACGUGUUGGCGGAGUGGAUUGAGCAGGAAUUUACGAAGGCUGGCUUGGAGGAUGUCCAUAUGGAGGAAUUUCAAGUGUACCUGAAUUAUCCGAGAUCGGAUGGGAGACGUGUCGCCAUUGUUGAGCCCCCAGAGUUGGCUUGGGAGGCCUCUAUCGACGAGGAACAGGUCUACAAGGACCCUCCACGACAACAGACCCUCGUCUUCCAUGGACAUUCAAAGUCAGGCAAUGUGACCGGACCCCUUAUUUAUGCCAACUACGGAUCCCGUGAAGAUUUCAAAUUGCUCGCCGACCGCGGAAUUUCGCUUGAGGGGUCCAUAGUAUUGGUUCGAUAUUACGGUUCUCAGGGCGAUCGCGCACUGAAAGUUAAGGCUGCCGAGCUGGCGGGGGCAGCCGGCUGCAUUAUCUAUUCCGAUCCUGCUGAAGACGGCUUCGUGCGGGGUCCGGCCUAUCCAGAGGGACGUUAUAUGCCCAAGGAUGGUGUGCAGAGAGGAGCAGUGAGUUUGAUGUCCUGGGUAGUAGGAGACGUCCUCUCUCCAGGCUUCCCGUCGACUCCCGAGGAGGCAAAGCGAUUGUCCCCCGAAGAAAGCUCCGGGUUGAACCAGAUACCCAGCAUACCCAUCGCCUGGCGCGAUGCACAGCGGCUAUUGCAGGUCCUCAAGGGGCAUGGUUCAGAAGUGCCGCCUGAAUGGGUGGGUGGUGUCCCAGACAUUGGUGAAUGGUGGACAGGAGAUCAGUCCUCACCCAAAGUCAACCUGAUGAAUAUCCAAGACGAGGUCGAGCGACAGCCGAUUUACAAUGUCAUUGGCAGGAUUCCGGGCAUGGAACAGCCUGAAAAGAAGAUUGUCGUUGGCAACCAUCGGGAUUCGUGGUGUUUUGGAGGUGUCGAUCCCGGCAGCGGUACCGCGGUGUUCUUGGACAUCGUGAGAGUCUUUGGCGAACUGCGCACUCUAGGCUGGCGGCCACUUCGCACCAUUGAGUUUGCAAGCUGGGAUGGCGAAGAAUACAACCUCAUAGGCUCCACUGAACACGUGGAGAAUGAAUUGGAAAGUCUUCGCCGGGAUGGAUUUGCCUACGUGAACGUCGAUGUUGGUGUGAGUGGAACGGAAUUUGAAGCUUCUGCAUCCCCUGUCUUUCAACGUAUCCUCCUCCAGAUCCUGGGUAGGGUGGUGGAUCCGGCAGCAAAUAAGACGCUCAAGGAGAUCUGGGAAGAGAAAGGGAAGAGACUCCCAGGCCUGGGUGCGGGUAGUGACUAUGUGGCGUUCCAAGACAUCGCAGGAACAUCGAGCAUCGACAUUGGAUUCACUGGCGAGCCUUUUCCAUAUCAUAGCUGCUACGAAAACUUCGAGUGGAUGUCGAAAUUCGGGGAUCCUGGCUUCCAGUACCAUCGCAUGCUGGGUGAGGUGUGGGGUCUCUUAGUUUUAGAGCUUGCAGACAAUCCGAUCCUGCCGUUUGAUA